CUGCGCUCCGCUGUUAUGUUGGCGCCCGCGUUGUCUUCCUUUUGCUGCCGUCGUCGUCGACUGUUUCAUGGCUGACGUGUUCCGCAGGCUGCCGCUGCUGCUCCUCGUUGUCCUGUUGCUGCUCCUCGUGGUUCUCUUCCGCGUGUGCAUCCUUGGGAACGUGCCGCCGCGUCGACGCAAAACAAGGUCUUCGAUGAAGGACGCCAGGAUGGAGGCACGGCAGGCGAUCCCCCGGUGCGGUGGGGAGCAGGUUGGAGGGAGGCGGUGCGGCGGGAGCCUGUCAACCAUUGGCAGGGCCUCCCAGCGGGUUGGGUGUGAUGCAUUGCCACCGCACUUGCAACCACUCCCCGGCUCAUCGGACGAGGAGGAGGAGGUGGAGAGACGGCCACAAACCGUGUCGUUGGGCAGCGGAUCAACGCAGGAGUGGUCAGCCACGGAGCUGUGCGGGACGGGCGGCGGCGUGUACGAGCAGUCGUUCACUGAACUCCUUCGGCCUGGCCUUGGCGAAGACGAAGGAGAUGGCCGCGUCAACAUGUCGUUCGGUUUGUCCACCGGGCGGUCUACAACUCCAUCACGCACAGUGCUCGUGCGACCCCACCCCGGCGACGAAGGCGGGCAACUGACAGUUGUUGAUCGAUCAGCGAGGACGAGGGCGUUGGCGAGUGAGACGGUGGGAGCGAACCGGAACUCGUCGACGGCCCAACCACGGGCGGCCUCUCUGUCCAAGGGCGCCCCGGGUCGGCCGGAGUGGAUGCAGUUGCCAUCUCCCCUGUCUGCGGCGUCGGAAGUGGCACGAGGCCGUGGCAUCGGAGUCGAUGGCGGGACCGACUUCUUGGAUGUUGGUGAUGGUCGCGACGGGAGGGAGGUGUGGAGGGACCUGCCGCGGGAUCACCGGCUGCGGCGAGAGGAAUACAUCACACGGGGGGUGGAGCAUCUUAACGUGGGAGACCGGGAGAACGAGAACGAGACGGACGAUCCACCGGCGGAAGCAGACGACGACGACGAAGGCAACGACGUAGAGUGUGGGGAAGGGGGGGGUGGUCAAGCGUCGCCAUCGUUGCAGACCGACAUGGCUGGUAAAGGUGGGAAGUCCAAGCCUUCCGGCCGCAAUGCUCAUUCGCGGGCGAAAAAAGGGCAGGGAAAGGGGAGCGGUGGCGAAGGCGACGGUGAUGCGGAGGAGAAGCGCAACUUCUGGUCCGUGGAACACAUUAUAGCCCUCAUAAGGGCUAAACGUGACCAAGAUGCGCAUAUGCGGGGGAUGGGGCACGCAUACGCACGAAUGAAACCGCGGGAAUGGAAAUGGCAAGACGUCGCCCAAGGGUUGAAGAACGUCGGCUUGUACAGGAAUGCGGAGAAAUGCGGGAAGAAGUGGGACAAUCUAAUGCAGCCGUUCAAGAAAGUCCAUCACUUUCAAUCACCAUCAGGGGGUGCCGACUUUUUCCAGUUGACGACGAAGGAGAGGGCGAGCAGGGGCUUCAAUUUAACGAUGGAUCGCGCAGUUUAUGACGAGAUAGAGGGGUCGACUGGGAUGAACCACACCAUCCACCCGAGGAACUUGGCAGACACCGGUGCGUCUGGCGGCGUGCGCCCGCCUUUGACGUCUUACGUGGAUCUUGACUCGGUGGCGGACGGGGAAGGUGGUGCAGGGCGAGAAGACGACGAGGAGGGGUCGACGCGAGGCUCUUCGCAGACGACGGGCACCCCCGGCGGUUCUGGGAAAAGGAAGAACACGAGGCAACAGACUUUCAAGGCGCUGACGGAAUGCAUGGAGAAACACGGGGAGCUGAUGGCGUCGACGAUGGAGAGUGCGAGCAAGCGGCAAUGCUCUAUCCAGGUCCGGCAGUGCGAGGCGUUGGAAGCGGAGGUGGAAGUGCAAAGGAAGCACUAUGUGCCACGCAUUGCUGGAAAUAGCGAAGGCCAUUCUGGGCGAGACGUUGUGGAGGUGGCUGUGGUGGAGGAAGAGAUGACGAACGACGACGACGACUUUGAAGAUGACGACAAUGAACCAUUGCUGAGGAAGGCGAGGGUCGGUUCCGCGAGGGGGAUUAGAAUAAACGAGGGGGGGGAGGGGACACCGACCGCACGGCGCGGCGGUGGCGUUGCCGCGGCCAACCAACCAGUCUUCGUCGACGUGGCACGUGACGUGGGGCGCGACGUCGCAAGGAGGGACGUCGCUGGCCGCGCGAAGGAAGGGGCCGCAUCGCAUGAGACUUCGCAAUGCGUGCUUGCGCCAGUGAAUCGUCCCCGAACCCCGGCUGCAGACGUGGCGGGGGGUUCCCAAGCAGCGGUUGAAGGUGGGACGUCGCGAUCUCCCGCGGUGGCGGCACGCGGCGGCGCUGUGGCAAUCCCGGGAGAGGCGGUUGACGUCCCGAAGGGAGGAGAUGGCGCGGCGGGCGGGGAAGACGACGAGGCUCUGGUGCACAGGCUGCGCGGGCAACGAGCGGCGACACAUGCGAUGGAUGCCGCCGCCAAACUUUGGGAGGAUGACAACAGAUUCUGGAACGACACGCAGGGGAGCGUCGUAGUGAGGAUAAUCCAAGAAGCGCGCGCGUAUCUCGUGGCCGUGGCGCGGGGAGUGCAGCCUCCGGCUAUUCGACGGAGCAUCUCCCUUCCACACAACUCCAUCCCCCAACACAAAAUCGAGGACGAGUCGGAGCUCAACGCGGCGAAAGAGAGGGCGUUGAAAGUGCAGACAAUCUCCCUCAGGGCGAUCCACAGUUGGGUCUUCAAGUCGGAGAGCAGGGAAAGGGGGUAUCACAUGGCAUACCAAUACGCGUUGAAUCACGCUGCCACGGACAUCGCUAGAGCAAUGUGGUCACCAGAGGACUGGAGCAGUUUGGUGAGCCCAAUGUUGUUCUGCACCACAUUGAACGCAGACAUGAAGUUGCCUUUGUGGUUCGUGGGCGUGAACAUAGUGGACAGGCACGAGGAUGAUGAGUGCGCGGCUUACCAGGAAGCUUGUGUCCAGCGUCUUGUGCGGGAUUUCACGAGCACAGUUGGCACGGCGGAAGCUAUGGACGGCGGUCGAGUGUCGUACGAGCGUCUGAAGGGGAUGGCAGAGGUGAUGACGUAUUUGCUCGCCGUCACGAUGUGGAUUAUGCGAAUGGCGGGGGACGAUCCGAGAUCGCAUUACGACGCUUGGGUUUUCGUUCAACUGACGGCGAAGACGACGCUGCUGGCGUCCAUGAACCGUCAGUUCGACGCCCGCCGACACAUCACACAAUCCGCGCAGGUCAUGACGGACAAGUUGGGGAGACCGCCUCCAACCUUCGCCCCCCAACCUGUGAACAUUCCUGAUUGGGCGUCCAAGUGAGGGGUCACUUUCUCGCACGACGCCACGUUGGCCUCACCGAUGGAGGCGAAACGGUUGGAUUGGCUGGGGACAG